CUUCGAGAUGCGGGAGCGCAUGGAUGCGGAGGUGCGUGGGAGACAUCCUGCCGUUGAGCAGCUGCAGGUGGUGCACGAGAGUGAACUGGCGGCCCUCAAGAGGGCGUUGCAGACGGCGCAGGAGGUGUCGGAGGGGACGUGUCGCGAGCUGCGAGAGCAGCACGAGGCGUACGAGGCACGAGCGCGGCGGGACAUGGCGGAUAUGAUGGAGCGUGUCGAGGCGCUGCGAGCCGAGCUGCAGGCCAGCAGCGACCGUCGAGAGGAGGAGCGCCGUCGCCACGAGGAGGAGGUCUGCGCGCUGCGCUCCCGCCUGCACGUGCAGGAGGAGGAGGCGCAGCAGGCCGCUGCGCGGCUGCGUUCAAGGCACGAGCAGGAGCUUACGGAGCUGCGGGCGGCGAUGGACGGCCUCCGAGCAGCGUCGGUGGGACGGCACGAGACGGAGCAAGGGCUGCUCUCCUGUGCUCUGCAGCGGCAGAUAUGUGAACUUCAGUGGGCGGAAGCGUGUUCCAAAUGCAGGUUGCAGGAGGCAGAGGGUCGACACACGUUGUUGUGUGAGGCACUGCAAGGGCGGUGGGAGGUGUGUAGUGUCAUUCACAGGGCGCUGGUGGCGGUGGCACGCGAGCUGAUUUGCCCCAGCGAAUGCUGCGACACGACACACUUCUGUCAGUGGGUUGUGGAAGGCACCUCACGCUUUGCGGAGGCGUUUACUGUGUCUGUUUACCGCCUUCUUGACGCGAAGAGUCAUUUAUUUCUGGCGUGCGGCGUGGGAUUGCGUGGACGUGCGCGGCCCGGUGUGACCGACGGGCCCUCCCCACAUGUGCCACGAGGGGAGUCGCACCGACUUAUGGCGGAUGUCGCGCCCCCUGCCGCGAGCCUCCUGCGCCGUUCCGUCUCGACGCAUGACGUGACGCGGUCAAUGGUGCGGUACUCAAAAAUGCUGAACGAGCAGCACCUCAAGAACGAUACACGACUGCAGCGGCUUGGCGCACUCGUAACGCGAGUCGAUGACUUGAUCGAGCGUGGGCGUGCUGUGUCGCGGCUGGAGCGCAGCCACAGUGAAGAGCCGUGA